AUGGCAGAUUCUCAAACUGUGAAGGAAACUGAUAUAGCUGUUGGUAUUCUACGACUUCUUGAAACAGAAAAAGUGGUGACCGAAGGAGCUGGGGCAAUUGGUGUAUCUGCCUUACUCGCUGGAUGUCUUCCGGAACUAGCUGGAAAGAAGGUUGCAUGCAUACUGAGUGGUGGCAACAUCGAUUCCACCAUGAUUGGAAGAUGUAUUGAAAAAGGAUUAGCUGUGGACAAUCGUUUGGUUCGUUUCGAAGCUCUCAUUUCUGAUCGUCCCGGAGGCGUUGCAGAACUUUCAAGAAUUGUUAGUGAAACGGGCGCUAAGAUCAAAGCAAUGGCAAUGGGGUUUGUAGCCAUUCUGAUCUCAGCCAUUAAGGAACGAGCUUUUCAUCAUACCGAAGCAUUCAAUACACAGUGUAAGGUUAUAGCAGAGACACGGGGGAUAGACCACGCGCUGGAAUUGAACAGCAGUUUGAAGAAAAGGUAUGGCACAGACUGUAAUUUCUUCACGAUCCGUGGUCCACUGGUUUGA